AUGGAUCCAACACAACCACCCGUUCCUCCGUUGCCACAAACUUCAUUGCAGCCACCAUCACCAUCUUCCCCGCAGCCACUAUCACCAUCUUCAUCGCAGCCACCACCACAAUCUUUAUUCCGGCAAAGGAAUUCUUCAUCACAGCCACCACCACCACAUUCUUCAGUGCCACAAAUGCAAGCAUCAUUGCAGCUAAUGCCGCCGCUGCCGCCACCACCACCACCAUUCUGGCGGUCCCCAGGCAUAAUCUUUGGUGCUGUUUAUAUUGGUUGGAUGGUGUAUUCUUGUAUCCAUGAUGUACUUCUAUUCAUAUCAACAGAAAAAUCUUGA